UGUUGUCGGUUUUGAACCGAAGGUUAACCAAAGAAACAAGCAAGCAAACUCUCAACCUUCUUUCCUCACCGUCCUUAUAAAAUAUAUCUACGGUUUUAAUUUCUACAUUAGAUGAAGCUUCUGCCAUCCCUAAUCUGAAAAGAGAGGAUUCUUUUAAUUGGUUAUGGAGAUAAUCUCACAGAACUUCCUGCCUCACUGCUCUCUUGUGACUUGGAGCGGUAGUAACAGAUUGGUCCCGAAUCGAUCGAACAUCUUAUUACCUAGUGGUGGGAUCAGGAAAUCCAGAUUCGUGAUUCGAAACGGAACCUCAGAUGGUUAUGUGGUUGGUGAGAAUGAUGACUUGGGUACUAUAUCAAGAAGAGGAGGAGACUCUAAAACAAAGGUUUUGAUUCCUGGUCUGCCUGACCAAUCAAACGGCGAAGCAGCUGCUGCUCGAAUCACUACUUCUCAGUGCGAGUGGAAGCCUAACCUCACUGUACACUACGAGAAAUCCGGAUGUGGCAACGUGGAGGCUCCCGCGGUCUUGUUUCUUCCUGGAUUUGGUGUUGGUUCUUUCCACUACGAGAAGCAGCUUGCGGAUUUGGGAAGGGAUUAUCGAGUUUGGGCGGUUGAUUUUGUUGGACAGGGUUUGUCUCUCCCCACUCAAGAUCCCACCACUACUACUAGUAGUACUAGUACUACCUUGUCUGAAGAAACAAGUGGCUUGGGAGUUAAGCAACCGUUUUGGGGGUUUGGUGAUGAAGCUCAACCGUGGGCUGAUCAGCUCGUUUACUCUUUGGAUCUCUGGAGGGAACAAGUUCAGUAUAUUGUAGAAGAGGUUAUCGGUGAGCCAGUGUACAUUGCAGGGAACUCGCUUGGAGGCUACGUAGCUCUCUACUUUGCAGCAACCCAUCCUCAUCUGGUCAAAGGUGUCACGUUGCUUAACGCAACACCUUUCUGGGGUUUCUUCCCUAAUCCAGUACGGUCCCCACGGCUAGCACGUCUCUUUCCAUGGUCUGGAACUUUCCCUUUACCGCCAAGAGUGAAAAAACUCACGGAACUGGUGUGGCAAAAGAUAAGUGAUCCUGAAAGCAUAGCUGAGAUACUUAAACAGGUGUACAAAGACCAUUCCACCGAUGUGGAUAAAGUAUUCUCGCGUAUUGUUAAGAUCACGCAGCACCCGGCCGCUGCUGCGUCGUUUGCGUCUAUCAUGUUUGCUCCUGGUGGAGAGCUAUCUUUCUCCGAAGCUUUAUCUAGGUGUAAGGAAAACAAUGUUCAGAUAUGUCUAAUGUAUGGAAGAGAAGAUCCAUGGGUGGGACCUAUAUGGGGAAAGAAGAUAAAGAAGGAAUUGCCCAACGCUCCAUACUACGAGAUCAGCCCAGCGGGUCACUGCCCACACGAUGAAGUCCCUGAGGUGGUGAACUAUCUGAUGCGCGGGUGGAUCAAGCACCUGGAGUCUGGUGGUUAUGAAGCGCUGCCGCUUUUGGAAGAUGGUGAAGAGGAUUGGGAGCAGUCCAGCAUUGCUGCUGAGAUGGAGUUUCCGAGAGGAGAAGAAAGGAAAAAAGCAGUGAACCUGUGGUUGUACGGGUCAAAGUAUUCGUUCUGGGGUGGUGUUGGAGAGGCCUUUAGAGCCAGUUUAGUAAGGGUUCUUCGAGGGAAGUUUGUAUAGAAAAGUAGCAAGCAAAACAUGUUGUACUUGUAAUGUAGAUAGUUGUUUAUCAGUGGUGCUACAGUGUUGUCUGAUGGAAUUAAUUUCUAAAUGUUCAAAAAGAAAACGUUUAAGGGAAAAAAAAACAAUCAUGUGCAAUCAUAGGUUGACAACAUCGGCAGCGAUUGUAUGUAUAUAUAGAUGAUCUUCCUGCUUA